AUGGCCCGGGGCUCCGCUCCUCACCGGCCCGCAGGCAGCUCCUCACUGGCGGGGGGGCAACGCCAGGCCACAGCUCCUGACAAACUGAUCAGUUUGUGCAGCUUUAUGUUCGGGAUCAGUAUUGGUGGAUCAGACCACCUGUCCUGGGAGAGUUUGAUGGAGACUGUGUCGAGGGAGCUGUACUUUCAGUUUUCGCCUCUGAUAAUAUCAGACUUUGGACUCCAAAAGAUCCAGUCGUUACCGAAGCAGCUGGUGGUGACGGCGGACACCAAAGGACCAUCACACCCAGAACUGAAUCCUUUUCCGACCCAGAGCGACCAGCUCACUGUAGAGGACGGCGUAUCGUUAGGGGGAGCAAGAGUGAUUGUCCCGAGCGAAGGUUGGCACCAGAUACUGGCUGAACUCCGCCAGGGGGUCACUCAGGGGUUUUCAAGAUGCCAGCGAGAUGUUAUGCCCAGUGGCCAGGACUGGGGGCUCAGUGUUCAUAGCUGCCCUCUCCAGGUCGCUGCAUGUGCAUUCGUCAGCAACAGAAAAAAACUGCGCACACCUUUUGCAAUACAUGGGCUCCCAGAAGUAAUAUUCACCGAUAAUGGGCCAUCACUUAUCAGCAGAGAGUUUGGGCAUUUCCUAAAGCCGAGCGGCACUCAGCAUGACCCCGUGUUUUUCCUCCUCCACUACCACACCACUCCACCCCUGGUAGCGGCUUCGGGAGACAAGCCAGACCCCUGUUGGCCAGCGCCCAGUAUUGAAGGAGCCACAAGACCCGUGCAGAGUGACCACCUCUCCAGCUGGUGGGGAUGUAUCACCAAUCCCAAACACACUCAGGAUGCCCCAAAGAGUUUCACCUUUGACUAUUCGUACUGGUCCCACAGCUCUCCCGAUGACCCAAGCUUCAGUUCGCAGCGGCGGGUCUAUCAGGACAUCGGGGAGUCGAUGCUGCUUCACGCUUUCGAGGGAUACAACGUCUGUAUAUUCGCCUACGGCCAGACUGGAGCCGGCAAAUCCUACACCAUGAUGGGGAGCCAGGAGACGGGACAGCCAGGGAUCGUACCCCAGCUUUGUGAAGAUCUCUUCACCAGGAUCAAUCACAACGAGGAUUUGCAUCUCUCGUACUCAGUGGAGGUCAGUUACAUGGAGAUUUACUGCGAGCGCGUCCGCGACCUCCUGAACCCGAAAAGCCGAGGCAGCCUGAGGGUUCGGGAGCAUCCGAUUCUGGGACCCUACGUGGAAAAUCUCUCCAAACUGGCUGUCACCAACUCGGAUAUCGCUGAGCUCAUGGACUGCGGCAACCAGGCCAGGACGGUCGCCUGCACCAACAUGAACGAGAGCAGCAGUCGAUCCCACGCUGUCUUCACCAUCGUUUUCACCCAGAAACGGCACGAUGCCAUCACCAACCUCUUCACCGAGAAGGUCAGCAGGAUCAGCCUGGUCGAUUUGGCAGGAAGUGAAAGGGCCGACUCCUCAGGGGCAAAGGGCAUGAGGUUAAAGGAAGGUGCGAACAUUAAUAAGUCCCUCACCACCCUGGGGAAGGUGAUUUCCGCACUCGCAGACAUGGUGGGAAAGAAAAAGAAAUCGGAUUUCAUCCCGUAUCGGGACUCCGUGCUGACCUGGCUCCUGAAGGAGAACCUGGGUGGGAACUCGCGCACUGCCAUGAUUGCGGCUCUCAGCCCUGCAGAUAUUAACUACGAGGAGACCCUCAGCACACUCAGAUACGCAGACAGAGCCAAACAGAUCAAGUGUAACGCGGUCAUCAACGAGGAUCCCAACGCCAGACUGAUCCGGGAGCUCAAGGAGGAGGUAGCCAGACUGAGGCAGCUGCUGUCAAAGGAAGGUCUCAGCGUCAUGGACAGCACAGAAUUUGAGGAGAACAGCGAUUCACAGCCGAGCCCCCGGCCCAUGGUGCUUGAAGAUGUCGACAGAUUCCCCACUACCUCGGUCCCCAGUGGGGAGGGGGUUUCAGCCCCACAACCCUGCCCCCAGGGGCAGCUGAAUGGCCAGCUGCUGUCCAGUGAGGAGGCGAUGGAUCGACUGCAGGAAACGGAGAAGAUUAUUGAGGAGCUGAACGAAACCUGGGAGCAGAAACUGCGGAAAACUGAGGCUAUCCGGAUGGAGAGGGAGGCCCUCUUGGCUGAGAUGGGUGUGGCCACCAGGGAAGAUGGAGGGACAGUCGGUGUCUUCUCCCCAAAGAAGACCCCGCACUUAGUCAAUUUAAACGAGGACCCAUUGAUGUCCGAAUGUCUCCUGUAUUACAUCAAAGAUGGAAUUACAAGGGUCGGCCAGGGUAUUGUAGACAUUAAGCUGAGUGGGCAGUUCAUUAAGGAUGAGCACUGUGUGUUUCGUAGUGAGAGUAAGGAGAAUGGUGAAGUCAUCGUUACCUUGGAGCCAUGCGAUGGUGCAGAUACGUAUGUGAAUGGGAAGCAGGUCACCACAGGCACUGUGCUCCGGCAAGGUAACCGCGUGGUGAUGGGGAAGAGCCACGUUUUCCGGUUUAACCACCCGGAGCAGGCGAGGAUGGAUCGGGAACGGGCCCCGAACCUGGGAACACCAUCCGAGAUGAUCGAUUGGAGCUUCGCCCAGAGGGAGCUGCUGGAGAACCAAGGCAUUGACAUCAAACUGGAGACCGAGAGGAGGCUCCAGGACCUGGAGAACCAGUAUCGCCUGGAGAAGGAGGAGGCAGAUCUUCAGCUCGAGCAGUCCAGGCUGUAUGUAGAUUCGGACAGUGGAGAUGAUUCCGAUAAGAGAUCCUGUGAGGAGAGCUGGCGUCUGAUCGCCUCUCUGCGAGAAAAACUUCCAGCCAAUAAGGUACAGAGCAUUGUGAAGAAAUGUGGAUUACCCAGCAGUGGGAAGAAACGGGAACCACUCCGUGUUUACCAGAUCCCACAGCGGAGACGCAUUACCAAGGAUCCCAAGUGGGUGACUAUGGCAGAUCUGAAAAUGCAGGCUGUGAAGGAGAUCUGUUACGAGGUGGCCCUGAAUGAUUUCAAACACUCAAAGCAGGAAAUUGAAGCCAUCUCCAUCGUUAAGAUGAAGGAGCUGUCGCGUAUGUACGGCAAGAAAGAUCCCAAUGAAAAGGAGACGUGGCGAACUGUGGCCAGGGAUGUGUGGGACACAGUGGGUGUGGGUGAGGACAGAGCAGAGGAACUAGAACCGAGGGCCCACCACAGUGUGGAUGAUCUGAGAGCCCACGUGGAUAAACUGACUGAUAUCCUGCAGGAGGUGAAGCUGCAGAACAACAUGAAGGAUGAAGAGAUUAAGGCACUGAGGGACCGGAUGUUAAAAAUGGAGCAGGUUAUUCCCAUUAAUCAGGGCGAAGGGGAGUGUGAGCUGGGGCCGAGCGGGGAGGGUGUGGAGGUGGAGGAGGAGCGAGCACCCCCGAUUGGGAGCGAAGGGCGAUGGGAGGAGAGCAGGCAGGAGACCCCCAGCCACAAGGCGGGCCGCAUCAAUCGGCUGAUGGAGGAGGACCCAGCGUUUCGCCGAGGACGGCUCCGGUGGUUACAGCAAGAGCAGCAACGUUUCCAGAACCUUCAGCAACAGCAGAUCAGCAAGAAGCUGCGUAAGCACACUGGGCCCGGAAGGUUCAUCCCCCCCCAGGACUGCAAACUGCGUUUCCCCUUUAAGAGUAAUGCCCAACAUCGCCUCUCCUGGGGGCCCAGCACUGCCUACAGCGUGCCCCCCGACCCCACGUGGCCCUCUGACCUCGGUGUGCCAGGCGCAGUGACCCCAGGGCAUCUCCUGGCCCCAAGUGGGCAGUGCCAGGAGUCGGGGGGUGACCCCAGACCCCAGGGAGCCCAGCGUUUCUGGCAGGGCUAUGGCCCCAUGCCGCACCAGCACCAGGGUAACCAUGGUCAGUGGCGACACCACAAUGCCGGCCAUUUCCGGAGAAACUCCUUUGAUAAUGGGGCUGGGAGCCGGGACAGGGAGACCCGCAGGUGUCACCGCCAUCGGCAGACCCCGCAGUGCCACCGAGACGGCCAGCUCCCUGCUGGCACCGACCUCCCCUCCGAACGCUACCACCUGCAUCGCCCCUACACCCCACCACCUCGUAUGAGACGCCAACACUCCUCCCCAAACCUGCAGCAGCCUGACACCCCCGUCUAACCCGGGGGGGG